GAUUGUUCAAAUCGAAGUUUCUAACGGGAGUGUAUCAAUCGGUCUUGAUUGCGUUCCCAACGAUAGUUCGAAACUCGUCUGAGUGAGACGAAUACGAAGAGGAGCUACCUUUGUACGUAGAGUCGGCCGACACCUCAGCACACACACACACACAUACAAACACACACAGAGAGAGAGAGAGAGAGACACACACACACACACUGUACGUCUCACGUGUUUGUUUCUAUUGGUGGAGGAGUUAGCCACUGGCCGUUGGUGUAGUACACAGAGCAUUCAGUAGUAUAUAAGGGCGACUGUUUCGUACGGGCACGCAUAACCGAGAGGGACACGCGUUGCACGCGACUCUGGGGCAACCUCUUCCUCCACUUCUUCCUCUUCUUCCUCUCCGUUCUUUCGCCACACUGCGAUUGCCGGCGAAAACGAUCGACUAGCCGCUUUCAGUUCGUCCAAGUGGAUCUUAGGGGGGUGGCUUGACCCCCUCUCUCUCUCUCUUCCUCUUUAUCUCUGUCUACUUGACUCUCCCCUCUCUCUCUCUCUCUCUCUCUCUCGAAAAUACAUCACCCUUUUUUUUCGCAUUUUUUUUUUUUUUUUUAAACACACUCGGACGUUCGCGGCUGAGAAAAUGACUCGAAGUAUCAGUUGACCAAGUGAACAGCAAAGAGAAAUCGAGGAGAGGACUCUCCUCGCGCGAAAUUCGAAAUUUUUGUAAAUUUAAAGUGAAUGACUCGAGACAGUUCGAAGAGAAGGAAAAGAAUCAUCGAUGCGAGCUGCGAGUUUUCGAUGAGAUAAGCUGGUUAAAUUUCUCACGACGGCGGCGUGCGAAAACAUGCAAGAAGCAAGGAGAUACUGAAGGGAACAAUUGUCCAGAAUCGUUCAGAAAUGUCUUUGCUGGCGAUCGUUAUGGGAGGAUCGUGGGUCACGUUCGUCUUGUCGAUGUGCUUGACAACGAUCGUUAUAAUAUUGUUGGUGCGACGUGGGAAAUUUUUGUACGCCCUGAGGAGAGUGCCGUACCCGCCUGCAUUUCCCAUCAUUGGGAACGCACAUCAACUAUGCUGCAGUCCGGAAGAAGCCUUCAAGAAGAUGAUCACAUGGGGGAGAGAGUUAGGUGAUAUAUAUCUGAUUUGGGUAGGCAUGAGGCCCUUCAUCUUUCUCUACAAAGCAGAAGCGAUACAACCGUUGCUAAGUAGCAGCGUUCACAUCGACAAAAGUUUGGAGUACGAGUACUUACGACCUUGGCUUGGUUCCGGUCUGGUUACCAGCACCGGAGAGAAAUGGCACUUCCGACGGAAAUUGCUAACGCCAACCUUUCACAGCGGCCUUCUGGAGAUAUAUUUGAAGACGACGAUCAGAGAAGCUCAAAUAUUAGUUUCGUGCUUAAGCAAGGAAGUCGGUAAACCAGAAUUCGACAUUGUUCCUUACGCUAAACGGGCGACGCUGGAUAUAAUAUGCGACAGUUCUAUGGGAUGCAACAUCAAUGCACAGAAAAAUUUUGAAAACGAAUACGUGUCGGCUGUGAACACAUUGGCUUCCAUCUCUCAAAGAAGAUUUCUAGAUGUGUGGAUGUCAUUUGAUCUAAUCUUCAAGUUAACAACCUGGGGCAAAAGACACGAUCACGCACUUGGUGUUACACAUGAAUUCAUUAACAAAAUAAUCGCAGAAAGAAAAGCCGAAUGGAAAGCCAAAAAGAGUGGAAAUUUCUAUGAACGACCUCAAAAACGUCAAGCUUUGUUGGAUUUAUUGUUGGAAUUGUCGAAAGAUGGGAAGGUACUUACCGAUGACGAUAUUCGUGACGAGGUGAAUACAUUCAUGUUCGCUGGACACGAUACCACCGCCACCAGCGUGUCCUGGAUCUUGUAUGCAUUGGGAAGGCAUCCUCAGUACCAGGAAAAAAUCUUGGAAGAGUAUUAUGAGGUAGUAGGAAUGAAAGAAUUAACUUUAGAUAUAUUAAGCAAAUUAACUUGGUUAGACGCAUGCAUAAAAGAAUCUUGGAGACUUUAUCCGGUAACACCGCUCAUCGCCAGACAGAUUUAUCAUCCUAUUACAAUUUUGGGCCAUAAAAUUCCAAUAGGAUCCACGGUUCUAGUAAAUUCGUUCCUUCUUCAUCGUGAUGCUCGAUACUUUUCAGAGCCAGACAGUUAUCGACCAGAACGGUUUCUUCCUGAUGGACCACGAUAUCCUUCCUAUGCUUUUAUUCCCUUCAGUGCUGGUUCACGUAAUUGCAUAGGAUGGAAAUAUGCCACGAUGAUAGUGAAAGUUCUUAUUUUGCAUGUAGUGAAGAACUUCCAAGUUGAAUCUUUAGAUACCGAGGAUCAACUUCGUUUCAUCAGUGAACUGGUAUUGCACAAUGCUGACGGACUGCGAUUAAAAAUCUCACCACGUAAACAAGGAAUUCUUGUUUAAUUUUAUAACAUCAGUAUAGUCGACAACAAUAAGAGAAUAUAUAUUUGGAACUAAGGAAAAGGCUGAUUUUCUCUUUUUUUUUUUUUUUUUAAGUCAGAGAGAUCAUAGCUUACGGUAAUACUGACAAUAUGUCAUUGCGAUAAUCGUAUUUAUUUGAGAACAAACAAGUUAAAAUUGGAUUAAUAGAAUUUAUCAAUAAGAAGUAGCACUUGUCUGUUAACUGUGUCGUUUGUACGUAACACGUUACUUAUUGACUAUACAUUGUACAAAUUGUAUUUUAUUGGCGCGAAGAAGGAUGAUUACAGCUUUUGUAUUUCUUUUAGACAAUUAUAUUACGUCUUUCAAAUAUUUACUACAUUAAGUUAAGUUAAAUUAAAUUAUUAUAACAUUCAGUACUUUAAUAUCCAUUUGCGUUAUCAACAUAACUUUCGUUAUUAAUAAGUAGGUUUUUUAACUACAAUUAUAAUAAUUUUGAAGUUUUAUAUCAUUGAUAAAAGCUUGAAUGAAAUGUGAUGAAUCGUAUAUAAAUAGCGAAGAAAUAAUUGUUGGUUAUCUGAAAAAGUGAUAUUGAAUUUCUUAUAUAUUAUAUUUUUUUAUUAGUUACAAUACUUCCUUACAGUACUUACCUUAUUAAGUACUUUGCACUUAUUGUGUAAAGGAAUAAAAGUAUAAUUGUAAUAUUGUGAUAUUUUCUAAUAUCGUUAGUUCAUAAGAUGAAAAUAUAAAUAUAGUAAGAUAUUAUAUAAGCAAUAAUUCUUAAUCUUUCAUCCAUUUGCACUUAACAAAUAAAACAUCAUAUUUGAUAAAAAAAAA